GUUUCUCUCUGGGGAUGGCAGAGAUGAGAAGGUUGGUGCUGGUCCUGCUGUACAUGGCCCACUCGUCAUCUGCCAUUUGCGGCAUCCAGAAAGCCAACAUCGAGGACGAGUCCAAGGAGAACCUCGUGAGCAGCACCGAGUUCCCCUGGGUGGUGUCCAUACAGGACCAAGAGUACACCCACCUGGCAUUCGGCUGCAUUCUCAGCGAGUUCUGGAUCCUCAGCAGCGCCUCGGCUCUCCAGGACAGGCUAAAGGUCGUUGCUGUUGUCGGUAUAGCCAACAUGGACCCCAGAAAGGUUGAUCACACAGAGUACUCAGUCAGCAUCAUCAUCCCCCAUGAGAACUUCAUUAACAGCUCCAGGAGCAAUGACAUAGCCCUCCUGAGGACAGAAUCUGCCAUACAUUUCGAUGACAUGGUCCAGGCCAUCUGCUUCCUGGACAAAAAACUACAGAAACCACCAACCUUGAGAAACUGCUGGGUGGCAGGAUGGAACCCCACAUCUGCAACAGGAAAUCACAUGACAAUGAGUAUCCUGAGGAGAAUCUCCGUGGAAGACAUUGACCUGUGUCCUUUACAAAGAGACCAGAAUACAGAAUGUGCCAGUCACGCAAAUAAGGAAUACAAAGUUUGCCUGGGGGAACCAGGAAGCCCUGUGAUGUGCCAAGUGAAGAAGCUGAAUCUCUGGGUCCUCAAAGGAAUCAUGACCCAUGGAGGCGACUCGUGCCCUGGCCUGUUUCUGUAUACCAGUGUGGAAGACUACAGUGACUGGAUCAUGGCCCAGGCGAGGAAGGCUGGCCCUUCCCUGUCCUCGCUCCAGUCCUGGGAGAAGUUGCCCCCUGAGUUCCUUUUUGACGAAUCAAAUAUUGCCCUGACAAAGAAUGCGUAUUCUGUACACGGCCAUACUGAACGGCCCCAAACCCACUCCCAAAGACCAAAAUUGUCCACUGCGUACAACAAGUCAACAGACAAUGGGCAGAACUUCAGGGCAAACGGUCUUCAGGAAUCAGGCUGGCCUGCAAAAGUGGCUAUUCAACCCAUGUACUACGACUACUAUGGGGGGGAGGCGGAGGAAGAAGGGGUUGUAGCUGGCCAGAGCAGGCUGUAUUGGCCCCAAGAAAGGAUCUUGAUGUCCCUCGUGCUUGUUUUCUUGGGCAGCGGUGUCUAG